AUGCCAGAUAUCAAACUCAGAAACCAGCCUUUCGACCUCGCAUUCCAUCCUAAUGAAUCGGUGAUCUUCUCUUCACUGUUGACGGGAGAAGUCAAAGCGUGGAGGUACGACGACGAAGAUGGAUCGACAUCUUCUUCAUGGUCUGUCAGACCUUCCAAGAGGACUGCAAGGGCCUUGGCGCUUGAAGAAAGUGGGAAACAUAUUUGGAUGGGAGGAAAGAGUGGGACCCUGUUUCAAUUGACAACUGAGAUGGGUACUAUAGUGAGAGAACAGGAAAAAGCUCAUGAUGUACCGAUAAAUCGAGUGUUCUGCGUAAAUGAAAAUCUAAUAGCUUCAGGUGAUGAUGAUGGGAUUAUCAAACUUUGGGAUCCAAGGAAACCAGAUGUGAUCCGAGAAUAUAAUCAGCAUUUCGAUUAUAUUUCUGAUUUCACAUAUUUCGAAGAUAAACGACAGCUGGUAUCCACUUCUGGAGAUGGACAUUUAUCAGUAAUUGAUAUCCGAUCAAACAAAGCGCAGCCGUUGACCGUAUCAGCAGAUCAGGAAGAUGAACUAUUAUCGAUCGUACAGAUAAAAGGCGGUCAGAAAGCCAUAGUGGGAAGUGGUCUGGGUAUAUUAUCGAUAUGGAAUAGGAAAUUAGGCUGGGGUGAUUCGGUCGACCGUAUACCCGGUCAUCCAGCUUCGAUCGAUGCCAUCGUUGCUCUCACUCCUGAUAUAAUAGCCACGGGUUCGGAAGACGGUAUGAUCAGGGUAUUGCAGGUAUUACCCCAUAAAUUCUUGGGCGUGAUAGCGUCCCAUGAGGAAUACCCAAUCGAACGAAUCAAGUUGGAUCGAAAUUCAAGAUGGUUAGGAAGUGUCAGUCAUGAUGAAUGUUUGAAAUUGACGGACGUAUCGGAUUUAUUCGAAGAUUCAGAUGGCGAGGACGAAGAGAUGGAAGUUGAACAGGAGAAACAAAAGAAGAAGAAGAACAAGGGUAAAGGUGGUUUGGGCGAUUUGGGUAGGGGUGGUGCAGAACAGGAGAAUGCGGAUUUCUUUGCUGAUUUGUAA